AAUUCCAUCUUUCCAUUUCUUUUAAUUUUGUUGUCUAAAAAGGACAAAGGCAAAAGCGAAAGAAAAAAGCCAGCAAAAAAACACAACUACAAUCAGCUACCUUUGGCAUUACCAUCGAUCUGCGUUUCUUCUUCAGAGAAUCUUACUCCUUAAGUACUCUCUAAGACUCUAACAACGGAAAACUUUUUCUUCUAAUUAAAACCGCAUUCACACUCAUCGCACACAUCACCACAAAACUGUAACCGUCUUCGUGAAAACCACGCGCUUCUAGGUCUCCCGAUUCGUUCCGGCGCCAUGGUUCGGCCUCCGCCGCGCGAUAACUGGGAGAAGCUCGUUCGUGCGACGUUGAAAAGGGAGCAGCUAAGAAAUGCCGGUCAAGGACAUGCUAGACACGCCAGUGGAAUCGCUGGCGCUGUUCCGCCGUCGCUCGCGCAAACGACGAACGUUGAUUUGAUUCUACAAGCUGCAGAUGAUAUUCAAUCGGAGGAUCCCAACGUCGCAAGGAUCUUGUGUGAGCAGGCUUAUAGUAUGGCUCAAAAUCUUGAUCCCAAAAGUGAUGGUAGAGGAGUUCUUCAAUUCAAGACCGGUUUAAUGUCUGUUAUUAAGCAAAAACUUGCUAAAGAGGGAGGGGUUCGAAUUGAUCGCAAUCGUGAUAUUGAAAACCUGUGGGAGUUUUAUCAACGGUACAAGCGACAACAUAGAGUUGAUGACAUUCAGAGAGAAGAACAGAGAAUGCAAGAGUCUGGAACUUUUAGCUCUACACUGGGAGAGUUAGAACUCCGAUCCUCCGAAAUGAAAAAGAUAAUUUCCACGCUACGUGCCUUAGUGGAGGUCAUGGAGGCACUCAGCAAGGAUGCAGAUCCCAGUGGAGUUGGUGGUCUCAUAACAGAGGAGUUGAGAAAACUAAACAAGUCAAGUGCGACAUUAUCCGGUGAAUUGACGCCUUACAAUAUUGUUCCGCUAGAAGCGCCAUCGUUAACCAAUCCUAUCAGAAUUUUCCCAGAAGUUAAAGGGGCAAUUUCUUCAAUCAGAUAUACUGAACAAUUCCCUAGACUUCCUGCUGGAUUUAAAGUAUCUGGAAAACGGGAUGCAGACAUGUUCGAUCUUUUGGAAUUCGUGUUUGGUUUUCAGAAAGAUAAUGUAAGGAACCAGCGUGAAAAUGUUGUUCUGAUAAUAGCAAAUACGCAGUCGCGACUUGGCAUACCUGCUGAAGCUGAUCCGAAAAUUGAUGAGAAAACAAUCAAUGAAGUUUUCAAGAAGGUGCUAGAUAACUAUAUCAAGUGGUGCAGAUAUUUGCGAAUUCGUGUUGCUUGGAAUAGUUUCGAGGCAAUUAAUCGUGAUAGGAAGCUCAUUUUGGUUUCUUUGUAUUUUCUUAUUUGGGGUGAAGCUGCAAAUGUCCGAUUUCUCCCCGAGUGCAUUUGCUAUAUAUUUCACCAUAUGGCAAAAGAACUGGAUGCUAUUUUGGAUCGUGGAGAAGCUGAAGCCGCAGCAAGCUGCUUAACUGAAGAAGGUUCUGCAAAGUUCCUAGAGAAAGUAAUUUGUCCUAUAUAUGAAACGCUAGCGGAUGAAGCUCAUUAUAAAAAUGGAAAAGCUGCACAUUCAGCUUGGAGGAAUUAUGAUGACUUCAAUGAAUACUUUUGGUCGCCUGCUUGUUUUGAAUUAGGCUGGCCAAUGAGGACUGAAUCGCCGUUCUUACGUAAGCCGAAAAAAUCGAAAAGGACUGGUAAAAGCAGUUUUGUUGAACAUAGAACGUUUCUUCACUUAUAUCGAAGCUUCCAUCGUCUCUGGAUAUUCUUGGCAUUAAUGUUUCAGGCUUUGACAAUUAUUGCUUUCAACAAGGGGAGUAUCAACCUGGACACUUUUAAAACAGUACUUAGCAUCGGGCCAUCAUUUGCAAUUAUGAAUUUCAUUAAGAGUUGCUUGGAUGUGUUGCUCACAUUUGGGUCAUACACAACUGCAAGGGGCAUGGCCGUGUCAAGGCUAGUGAUAAGGUUUUUUUGGGGUGGCUUGACUUCUGCGUCUGUAACAUAUCUUUACGUGAAGGUUUUACAGGAAAGGCAUAAUAAUAACUCUGACAAUUCAUUCUAUUUCCGGAUUUACCUGCUUGUACUGGGCGUUUAUGCAGCUAUACGCCUAUUCUUUGCGUUGCUGCUCAAACUUCCAGCUUGUCAUAAACUUUCUGAUAUGUCUGAUCAAUCAUUUUUUCAGUUUUUCAAGUGGAUAUAUCAAGAACGGUACUAUGUUGGACGUGGUCUUUAUGAGAAAAUGAGUGACUACUGCAGGUAUGUGGUCUACUGGUUGAUUGUACUUGCCUGCAAAUUCACUUUUGCAUACUUUCUUCAGAUAAAACCUCUCGUUCAACCUACCAAUAUCAUAAGGGGUCUUCCAUCUUUGACGUACUCCUGGCAUGAUUUCAUCUCAAAGAAUAAUAACAAUGCCUUGACUAUAGUUAGCUUGUGGGCUCCUGUUGUGGCUAUUUAUCUCAUGGAUCUCCACAUCUGGUAUACUGUAAUGUCAGCUAUCGUCGGUGGUGUAAUUGGUGCACGGGCUCGUCUAGGCGAGAUACGUUCAAUUGAAAUGGUGCAUAAACGUUUUGAGAGUUUCCCAGGGGCAUUUGUUAAAAAUUUGGUCUCUCCGCAAGCAAAAAGGAUUCCCAAUCCAGACAAUGGACAAUCAACUGAGGAUUCUCAGGAUAUGAAAAAAGCAUAUGCUGCCAUGUUUGCUCCAUUUUGGAAUGAGAUAAUCAAAAGCCUGCGGGAGGAAGAUUUUAUUAGCAAUAGGGAAAUGGACCUACUUUCUAUUCCUAGCAAUGCAGGAAGUCUGAGAUUAGUUCAAUGGCCUUUGUUUCUUCUAAGCAGUAAGAUCCUGUUGGCGGUAGAUUUGGCUUUGGACUGCAAAGAUACACAGGCAGAUCUGUGGAGCAGGAUCUGUAGGGAUGAAUAUAUGGCUUAUGCAGUAAAGGAGUGCUACUGCAGUAUCGAAAAAAUAUUAUAUUCCUUAGUUGAUGAUAGGGAAGGAAGACUUUGGGUGGAUAGAAUUUUUAAAGAGAUCAAUAACAGUAUAUUAGAGGGUUCACUUGUUAUAACCUUGUCUCUCAAGAAGCUUCCACUUGUUUUGUCUAGACUUACGGCAUUGACUGGACUCCUGUGUCAGACUCGAAAUGAUCCUGCACUUGUAAAAGGUGCUGCAAAAGCUGUUUAUGAGCUGUAUGAUGUUGUUACUCAUGACCUGGUGUCCUCGGAUUUAAGGGAGAAUCUUGAUACAUGGAACGUUUUGGCAAGGGCUAGGGAAGAGGGCCGCCUUUUUUCUAGGAUACAAUGGCCUAAUGAUCCUGAAAUUAAAGAGCUUGUGAAGCGGUUGCAUCUUCUGCUUACUGUAAAGGACUCUGCUGCUAAUGUUCCAAAAAAUCUAGAAGCCAGGAGAAGACUCGAGUUUUUCUCAAAUUCAUUAUUUAUGGAUAUGCCUUCAGCAAAACCUGUCAGUGAAACAUUGCCAUUCAGUGUUUUCACUCCAUACUAUAGUGAAACUGUGCUUUAUAGUACAUCUGAAUUGCAAAAGGAGAAUGAGGAUGGAAUAUCUACUCUAUUCUAUCUUCAAAAGAUAUUUCCAGAUGAAUGGGACAACUUUCUUGAAAGAAUUGGGAGGCGUUCGUCUACUGAGGAUGCAGAACUUCAAGAAAAUUCUAGCGACUCUUUGGAACUUCGUUUUUGGGUGUCUUAUCGAGGGCAGACUCUGGCUAGAACAGUGCGUGGUAUGAUGUAUUACAGGAGAGCUUUGAUGCUGCAAAGCUAUAUGGAGAGCAGAUCACUGGGAGUGGACAGUUAUUCUCGGAACAACUUCAUUUCAAGUCAAGGUUUUGAAUCAUCACGUGAAUCACGAGCACAAGCAGAUUUGAAGUUUACUUAUGUUGUGUCAUGCCAAAUUUAUGGUCAACAAAAGCAGCGAAAGGCACCAGAAGCUGCUGAUAUUGCUUUGUUGUUGCAGAGGAAUGAGGGUCUCCGAGUUGCUUUUAUUCAUGUUGAUGAAAGUACAACUGAUUCAACCACCCCACGGGUGUUUUACUCAAAGCUUGUCAAAGCCGAUAUAAACGGAAAGGAUCAGGAAAUAUAUUCUAUCAAACUUCCUGGGGAUCCAAAGCUUGGUGAAGGAAAGCCUGAGAACCAAAAUCAUGCGAUAAUAUUCACCCGUGGUGAUGCACUUCAAACUAUUGAUAUGAAUCAGGACAAUUAUCUUGAGGAGGCAAUGAAAAUGAGAAAUCUUCUUGAGGAGUUUCAUGCGAAACACGGCCUUCGCCCUCCGAGCAUUCUUGGAGUCAGGGAACAUGUUUUUACUGGAAGUGUCUCAUCCUUGGCUUGGUUCAUGUCCAAUCAAGAAACUAGCUUUGUAACCUUGGCCCAACGCGUUUUAGCAAAUCCUCUGAAAGUUCGCAUGCACUAUGGGCACCCAGAUGUAUUUGACAGAAUAUUUCACAUAACUCGUGGAGGGAUUAGUAAAGCUUCACGUGUUAUUAAUAUUAGUGAAGAUAUAUAUGCUGGCUUCAACUCUACGUUGCGGCUUGGAAAUGUCACACACCAUGAAUACAUUCAGGUUGGAAAAGGAAGGGAUGUUGGUUUAAACCAGAUUGCCCUCUUUGAAGGGAAAGUAGCAGGUGGUAAUGGAGAGCAAGUGCUUAGCAGGGAUAUUUACAGGCUUGGACAACUGUUUGAUUUCUUUAGAAUGCUUUCUUUCUACUUCACGACUGUUGGUUAUUAUGUUUGUACCAUGAUGACAGUCCUCACCGUAUAUAUAUUCCUAUAUGGAAGAGCAUAUCUGGCGUUUUCUGGUCUUGAUGAAGCUGUCUCAGAAAAGGCAAAACUAUUGGGUAACACAGCACUUGAUGCAGCCUUGAAUGCACAAUUUUUGGUGCAGAUUGGUGUUUUUACUGCAGUACCAAUGAUAAUGGGUUUUAUACUUGAGUUAGGAUUGCUGAAGGCUGUUUUCAGUUUCAUCACAAUGCAACUUCAGUUGUGUUCUGUCUUCUUCACAUUCUCUUUGGGAACUAAAACUCAUUAUUUUGGGCGUACUGUUCUCCACGGAGGUGCCAAAUACCGAGCAACUGGUAGAGGGUUCGUUGUCCGUCACAUAAAAUUUGCUGAAAAUUAUAGACUAUAUUCUCGAAGCCACUUCGUCAAAGCGCUUGAAGUCGCCCUGCUUCUUAUAGUUUACAUUGCGUAUGGAUUUGCACAGGGAGGUGCUGUGACAUAUGUUUUGCUAACUCUUAGCAGUUGGUUCCUUGUCAUUUCUUGGCUUUUUGCACCAUACAUUUUCAACCCUUCUGGUUUCGAGUGGCAAAAGACUGUGGAAGAUUUUGAUGAUUGGACAAGUUGGCUCCUUUACAAAGGAGGAGUAGGAGUGAAAGGAGAAAAUAGUUGGGAGUCUUGGUGGCUGGAAGAACAGAUGCAUAUCCAAACUUUGAGGGGUCGUAUCUUUGAGACGAUUUUGAGUGCAAGGUUCUUCUUGUUUCAAUAUGGUGUUGUGUAUAAGCUACAUCUUACUGGAGAUGAUACAUCACUUGCGAUAUAUGGAUUCUCGUGGGUUGUAUUGGUUGGAUUUGUCUUGAUAUUUAAGAUCUUUACUUACAGCCCAAAAAAAUCGGCCGAUUUUCAGCUUGUGUUAAGAUUUUUACAGGGAGUUGUAUCUAUAGGCCUUGUUGCAGCUGUGUGUCUUGUUGUUGCUUUUACUCCACUUUCAAUACCUGACCUUUUCGCGAGCAUCCUUGCUUUUAUCCCUACUGGAUGGGGAAUAUUAUCUUUGGCAAUUACAUGGAAGGGUAUUAUGAAGAGUCUUGGCCUCUGGGAAUCUGUCCGUGAGUUUGCUAGAAUGUAUGAUGCUGGAAUGGGUAUGAUUAUUUUUUCACCAAUAGCAUUUUUAUCAUGGUUUCCGUUCAUUUCCACUUUCCAGUCUCGGCUUCUAUUUAAUCAAGCCUUCAGCCGUGGUCUUGAAAUCUCCCUCAUCCUUUCUGGAAACAAAGCUAACGUUGAGACAUAAAUCUCCCUCUUGUAAAUGAGGUGUAUAUUUUUUGUAGUAUAGUGCUAACGUGCUUGUACAUUUAAUGUAAAAGAGAAACAAAGAUUCUUUUUUUUAAAUAGGUAUGUUGGUUUCGCAUGGCUUAGCAGUUCAGUUCCGCCAUUUUGUAUUUUGUAUUGAUUAUAUUGUGGUCAUGGUUACCUUCAACGAUAGUGAUACAUGCGAGUCAUACCCUCGAUUCAAUACAACUUUUGUAUAUCUAUAUUUAACAUUUUUUUAUACAAAUGUUGCCUAAACUUAUUUAUUUAA